UUGUUUGGAUUUUAUAUAAUAAUAUUUUUUUGUUUUUUCUAUUCAUCUCCUUUCUCUUUCAAUGUCCGUUGGUAACAGACGAAAGUUUCAGACAUAACAACUCUUCCAAUCUCUCUCUAAAGCAAUUAAGCAGACAAGACACUGAUGAUAUGAGCCAAAGAGAAACGAGCCGUGGUCUCACUCAUCGUUUCCUCUUAUGAAUCUCUCCGCCGACCAAGCACCCAUCGCCGCCGCCGACGAACUAGCUCCGCCGUCUCAACCGCAUCGCUUAUCAACAUCAUGUGAUCUCCACCCAGAUGAGCGUUUCUCCGGUUUCUGUCCUUCUUGUCUCUGCGACCGCCUCUCCGUCUUAGAUCACAACGCCGUUCCGCCACCGUCGUCUUCUUCCCGGAAACCUCCCACUAUCUCGGCUGCUACGUUAAAAGCUCUCUUUAAACCCUCCACUAGUGGUAACAACAACAACAACAACAACUCCAAUGUAAACGGUCGGGUCAGACCCGGUUUCUUCCCGGAGCUCCGACGUACGAAGUCGUUUUCUGCAAAGAACAACGAAGGAUUCUCCGGUGGGUUUGAGCCGCAGCGUCGGUCUUGUGACGUCAGGCUUCGUGACGACCAUAGAAACCCUCCCUCCAAAGAAACUGCCACCGUCGUCGUCUCCGGCGGUAAAAUCGAGGACGAGCCGAGAAAGUCUAGCGUGAGUGAGAUAGUUUUAGAGGUGACUGAAGAAGCUGAAAUUGAGGAGGAAGUAGAAAACGGUGGCCACUCUGAGAUCUUAAAUGAUACCGGCGAAAUCGUUGAAGAAAAAAGCGGCGAAAUUGUUGAGGAAGAAGAGGAAUUGAAGCCAAUGAAGGAUUACAUGGAUCUCUACUCACAAACAAAGAAACCGUCGGUGAAAGAUUUCGCCGGGAGUUUCUUUUCGGCGGCCUCUGUUUUCAGCAAGAAACUUCAGAAAUGGAGGCAGAAGCAGAAAAUCAAGAAGCCGAGAAGCGGUGUCGGCGGCGGCGGAGGACGGCCACAGUCCGAAAUCGGAGUAGGCCGGAGAUCCAGCGACACCGACCCGAGAUUCUCUCUUGACGCCGGGAGAUUCUCCGUCGAUAUAGGCCGGAUUUCUCUGGACGAUUCUCGUUACUCGUUGGACGAGCCAAGAGCGUCGUGGGAUGGACACUUAAUCAGCAGGACAACGGCGGCUAGGGUUCCUCCGCCGCCAUCGAUGUUAUCAGUCGUGAAAAACGCGCCAAUUCAUCGAUCAGACAUGCAGAUUCCAGUGCAAGAACCGUCGUCUCCGUCAAUUAAUCCGGUUAACAAUGAAUCCGACCCGAUUAUCAUUAUCCCAGGCGGAUCUAAUCAAACUCGAGACUAUUACACUGGACCUCCGUCGUCACGGAGACGGAAGAGCCUCGACAGAUCCAAUUCAAUUAGGAAAAUUGCGACGGAGCUAGACGAUGUCAAAUCGGUAUCAAAUUCGAAGGUUUCUCCGGCGACAACAACAAUAGAUUCAAAUUUCAUGGAAACAGCGGAGAGCAAAGGGAAUCAAAACGGAGAUAAGAAAUCGAGACGGUGGGGGAAAUGGAGCAUUUUAGGGUUUAUAUACAGGAAAGGUAAGGACGAUGAAGAAGAAGAAGAUAGGUAUAGCAGAUCCAACAGCGCCGGAAUGGUUGAGAGGUCUUUAUCGGAAUCGUGGCCGGAGCUGAGGAACGGAGAAGGAGGAGGACCGAAGAUGAGGAGGAGUAACAGCAAUGUGAGCUGGCGAAGCUCCGGUGGAGGAUCGACGAGGAAUAAGAGUUCGAGGUAUUCGUCUAAAGAUGGAGAGAACGGAAUGUUGAGGUUUUAUUUGACUCCGAUGAGGAGUAGCUGGAGGAGCGGCGGGGGUAGUGGUGGUGGCGGCGGAGGCGGUGGUGGUGGGUGGGAGAAGACGGCGGCUAAGGCAAAUAGUCACGGCCACUCUAUAGCAAGGAGAGUUAUGAGGGUGUAUUGACGAAAUUGUCCCUCUUCAUUUUAAUUAUUGGGAGCAAUGGGAGGUUUUGGUUUUGGGUUAAUUUUGGUUUGUCUAAUUAUCUUUGUGAAUAAUUGGUUAUCUACUUAACCAGAGUUAAUCAGACCAAAAUAGAACCGGGUCGUUUUCAACGUUAUAUAACAACAAAACCUAAACUCUCGGAAUUGUGAGUUAUGCUCCUACUCCGCCGCCGUCCAUGCUUCCACCACAUCCUCCGAUUUAUGAUUGGUUGUGUUCGUCGAGCUGAUUCGAUUGCAAGAAUGCAAGUAAGAAGACGAGACAGAUUGAGAAAGGCAAGGAUAUUGUAAAAAACUGGAAAUUUCAGUGAUGCUUUGAAAGUGUUUGACGAAAUGUCUGAGAGAGAAGAGAGAUACCGAGAAGGCAAUAAAUAGCAACUGAAUUAGUCAAGGCUGGGUUGUGACUAAAGGUUCUUUGAAAGCUUGCAUUCGAGUCUCGGAGCGUUUGAUCACGGAUUCAUCACUAACCAAACAAAUCAAGGUCGGCGACUGGAACGAGAAAAUCUACUAUUCUAGUUUCACUACGGAAUCUCAAUAUAAAUGCUUUGUAUGUGUGUUUGAUACCAACCCUUGAACUCUGCAACCACAAUACAAUAAAGAUAGUCGAUUAAGUAGUA